AUGGCUUCCUACAAUAUCGUUGUCUUUGGUGGUGAUCACUGUGGUCCCGAGGUGACCGCCGAGGGUGUCAAGAUCCUCCGCGUCAUUGAGAAAGCCCGUGGUAUUACUUUCAACCUGCAAGACCAUCUGCUCGGCGGCGCUUCCAUCGAUGCCACCGGCUCACCUUUGACCGACGAGGCUCUCAACGCCGCCAAGAACGCCGACGCCGUUCUCCUCGGUGCCAUUGGAGGUCCGAAAUGGGGCACCGGCGCCGUGCGCCCGGAACAGGGUAUCCUGAAGCUUCGCAAGGAGAUGGGCACAUUCGGCAACCUGCGUCCGUGCAACUUCGCCGCCCCCUCGCUGGUCGAGAGCUCGCCAUUGAAGGCGGAUGUCUGCCGCGGCGUCGACUUCAACAUCAUCCGUGAACUGACCGGCGGUAUCUACUUCGGCGACCGCAAGGAAGACGACGGGUCCGGAUAUGCCAUGGAUACCGAGCCCUACUCGCGUCACGAGAUCGAGCGCAUCAUUCGUCUUGCCGCCAACCUCGCCCUGCAGCACAACCCGCCCCUGCCUGUGUGGAGCUUGGAUAAGGCUAAUGUGCUCGCUACUAGCCGUCUGUGGCGUAAGGUCGUUACGGAGAUUAUGGAGAAGGAGUACCCCCAGGUCUCGAUUGGUCACCAUCUUAUUGAUUCGGCUGCUAUGCUCAUGAUCAAGGAUCCGCGCAAGCUGAACGGUAUCGUUGUUACUAGCAAUCUGUUCGGUGAUAUCAUUAGCGACGAGGCUAGUGUUAUCCCCGGUUCUCUGGGUCUGCUUCCCAGUGCUAGUUUGAGUGGUAUUCCUGAUGGCAAGAGCCGUGUUAACGGUAUCUACGAGCCUAUUCACGGUUCCGCUCCCGAUAUUGCUGGCAAGGGCAUUGUCAACCCCGUCGCCACUAUCCUGUCCGUCGCCAUGAUGAUGCAGUACUCUUUCAACAUGAUCGACGUGGCUCGCUUGAUCGAGAAGGCCGUCAGCAACGUCAUCGAGGCUGGUGUCCGCACUGGCGACAUUGGUGGCACAGCCAAGACCACUGAGGUUGGCGAUGCCGUUGCCGCCGAGCUGGAGAAGCUGCUUAAGUAG